CUUGCAUCUGUGGAUACUUCUCGUAUCUACUACGGAGUACUAUUACUAUUAUUACCCUGCAGGGCAAAACACCGUUCCUGACGGCGUUCAUCUUGAUAGCCCGUUCCGUUCCGUGCAUACGUCCAGUUCCGUCCCCUACUCGGCCUUCCCCCUUUGUUGCCCUCGUCACUGCAUUGUGCAUUGAAUUCCCCUCGACAAUGAUAAUCGAUCUUUGUCUCUAUCGCUCCUUGUCCUGCUAGUUAAUUCUCAUUCUCACGGCUGACUGGUCUUCCAGACCCGUGUCUUCCCUCUCGCGCGUCUCACUGUCUUGAUAAUCUUGCUAUGACGUGACGUGAACGUUUCUGUUUCUCUCACUCCUUGCAUUCUUGACCCUUCCCCAAGUCCAUGAUCGGUUUCUCUGCUGAAUAUCUGUCCUCGUCGGAAACUGGAUAAUUGCUAAUUGAUUCCCAUCCUCUUGCCUUGUCUUGUCUUGUCUGACUUCGUGGUCCAAUGCUCUCGUUCCAACGCAAAUUGCCUGAAGGGAAAAAGAACGGUUAAAAAAAAAAAAUAUCACUGAGCUCGGAUUAAUUCAGCCUUGUCAGGUGCCUUUAGAAUGGCCUCAGCAACUUCGCCAGCUGUUCAUGAGCGCAGAGGACGCCAUCUGCCACCCAUCCAGACCAACUUCAGUCGUCCAACUGCUCAUCUGGAUAAGAUCCCCCGCCCCCACCGCGUGCGGCCCCCGAAUGAUACCCAAACCACCAAUGGCAAAGUUGGCGAAAAGGACCAGGGUCCGCCGUCAGGACUGCCGACCAAGCGGCAGAGCUCGCGGACUGGCUUGCGCAGUUUCUUUGGGUUCGAGAAAUCUCUCCGCAGGCCGAAGAGUGACAGCAAGCUCACACAGGUGGAUGAGAUUGCGUCGCGGAAACCAGGACGGCCCGCCGGUCAGAGCACCGAAACACCCUUAUUAUCACCAAGUACCUGUGCCACACCGAAGACGACCCUCUCUGCACCGUCGCUCGCCGCCUCCCCCCCCAAUGGUGUCGGCCCGAAUCGCACCCCCAAGAUCCCGCCCAAGGCUCCUCGCAGGAGACCGGCUACUAAUAAGCCAUCGGAAGAUAGAUCUUACUGGAGACCACCGCCACUCUUCCAGGUCUAUCCGCAAGCUAUCAAGCAUGGUUGUCUUCCGCUCCCGGCACCGGCAUCUUUGGCGGAGUCCAUUCUACGCAUCAACGGUUCUGGACCCAAAGCUCCAGCCAAGGAUACAGAGAAUAACGACGGCAACCAGCUGCUGAACCCCGACUCUUUUGAUUCCAAUGGGGCCAUUCAUCGAAAGAAGAGAGAGCCAAGGCAUCAGCCCUCCUCGUCGUCCGGGAACAUGAACAAGAUGGAAUGGACGCAGAAGAUCUACGUCCUGGCUACAUCUGGUUACCUCCUCCAGUAUGCUGGAGAGGGGAAAUUCGACAGACUACCGGAGAAGAUGAUGAAGCUGGGUCCCAAGUCCGUUGCAUUUGCCAGUGAUGCUAUUCCUGGCAAACACUGGGUUCUACAGGUUACCCAGCACUUUGAUGAAGAGGCUACUACUAGUACCGUGACUGUGGACGGUGGUAGGCCUCUGUUCUCGCGGUUUGGAUUUCGCCCCCUAGGUCCACGUAUGGCGCGGACCCUUCUUCUUGUCUUUGACAACCCCGAGGAGAUGCAUUCGUGGCUGGUAGCCGUGAGAGCGGAGAUCGAAGCCCGAGGAGGCAAGAAAUAUGUCUCUGAAUGGUUCACAGGAGAACACGAAGACAACGAGGAAGAAAAGGACACGGAGCGCCAGAAUAAUCGGAAUAUCCGGCGCCCAGUCAAGGGGGGCAUAAACCAAUUGUCAGAACUGCGUCGACGGUCUCAACGAGGACCAAUAUUAUGGGAGAAUGGGGCUGGAGUGGACUAUCAAUCCCGCAGGGCUUCGUAUCAAUCUGUAAAUCGCCGAUCUGUGGUUUCUAUUUCGGGUUCUACAUCGGCAGCUCCAUCGGAGGGGGAGCUACAUGGUCCCGGAACACCUGCUGCUUCUCUCAAACGGUUUACUUCCGCCGGGGACAGCUCAAACUCGCUUUCCCCUACUGAAAUCCCUAAAGCAUUUCAGCGGCAGGAUAUUCCAAAUCUUGCCAGCUCACAGGCAUUUUCGACGCCUUCUUCGCCGGAGUGGAGGCCCGAGCCGGUGCACAAGUACUCUCAAGCAGCCCAUGCUACUGGAAAUGGCUCGAAGUUGCCACGGCCGCCUUCAUUCAUACAAGAACCGACUGCACGGUCCUCGUCUCCAGCUCCCAACUUUAGUGUUCCGUCCUUCAGCAAGAAAUUCGCUACGAAGCCGGGGCAACCGGCUCCCGGCACACAGCUACCGCAGCCGCCAAGCACAUAUUCCUCGUCGACGAGAAAGACAAUGCCAGUACCAGUGCCUUCGCGAACCAGUAGCAUCCCCCGCGCAGACCGGAUGGAUUAUUCCUCCACCGUCGCCGCAUUUCCUACCCCGCCUCAAUCGCCAACCCCAAGGGUUGCCAGCCCUGUCCGAUCCGACUCUAACGAUAAGCUGUCAUGCACUUCGCGCGAAUCCUCCAUCGGGAGACAGGUAUCAUCUUCGACAUCGAUAGAUUCGAUAGCAGAAAUUGUCCAACGAAAUGCCAAUGCAUCUGAUGGCCCUGCUGAGGCUAAAGCCCAGCAGACCCUCUCCCGUUUACCCCGGGCCAACGUAUCGGCGGCUUCGAUUUCACAUCGAAUCAGCAUGACGAACAUAUCUUUGCCAGCAACUCCAGCAAGUGCAUCUGCCCGUGGAGCUAUCCAGCGCAAGAGAAUCUCCUCUAUACCCUACCAGAACGAUCCCGUGUUAUCGACCUUCACACCCUCAUCCUUCUCUACAUCGGUGAUAUCACACCGAAAGAGCUUACCUGGGCUGUCAAUUGGACCUCCCGUAGCGCCCCCUCCUAAUUGUCCCUUACCGAAGAUUCCUUCUCUCAUAGACCCUGGUCCGGGAACAUCAUUGCCUAAUGGGCGUCCCUCCUUCCGCGAGAUUUUCUAAGUCUCCGCCUCCCAGUGUGCAAGGGAUUCGGAAGGGCUCUACCGGGUCCAUUGCAUUUGACGGGAGUAUGAGGGUUUCAGGGAUUCGAAGACCGAGCAUCCAGAGUAUGAAUAUGGUGAACGGGGCGUGAUUGGUUCUUUUCUAAUAUCUAGAUGCAUUUCUACAUGUAACAUACCCUCGCAGCAGUGUACACCUGCAUACGAAUACGUACGCUCUCACACACUCCCUCACCAUCCUCCCAUUUUUACCUCUUUAUGUCAACUCACCUUCUUUCUACAUGAUCCUAUCCUACCCACAACGUUCCAUCAACAUCUCUUCUGUCUUGACCUUCCGAUACACCUGUGCCGUCAUAAUAACCUCCUUGGAAAGGAUCUUUCGGGAUUAAAAAGUUAGGUAUUUGUAAGCGUGCGCAAUCAAAAUUCAAUCAUUUAAUAGCUUCAUUCUCUAUUCUUGGGAAGUUCUCAAGGUAGCAAAAGUCUACUUUGUCAAUACCGUGUAUCCGUAUAUACCAAAUUAAAAGAGAGAUCAAGAUCGCCGUAUCUAAUUACUAUAUAGGCCAGCCUGGUGGAUCCAACGUCUAUCCGGA